AGUACCUACAUGUACCUAAGUAGGGCACUCGCCUAAGCUACCUACCUACUACGGUAGGUAUGGUAGUGCUGUUAGUACCGACUCUGCACUGAGGUAAGGGCAGUCAGGGCAUCCUCAGGUCCGAACCGCGCCUGUAUCCCAGAACCAAGAUCUCCAAUUGGCCGAGUGCUUCCCCAUCAAGCCCGACUCCUACCGCAUCUCCUAAAUGUUCCUGAGCUAUUUCUACAAUAGCUUUUUUUCUUCCUCUCCCAUACUCUCCAUUCCGCUUUGAGCGUCCAUUCGCCAAUCCCCUACUGUAGUCUGUCUUGCCAAUCUGCAGCCUUGCAUCGUCUUCUCUCCGAAUCGUAUCAUGGCUUCUGCACUGCGUCUAAGCUCCUCCGCCCUACGGACCUCGCUCAAGGCCCCCGGUUUUGCCUCGCGAACCACUGCCUUCAACGCUGCGCGAUGCUACUCGGCUAAAACUCAGACCCUCAAGGAGCGCUUCGCCGAGCUGCUCCCCGAGAAGAUUGACGAGAUCAAGACGUUGCGAAAAGACCAUGGCUCCAAGGUUGUCGACAAGGUCACCCUAGACCAGGUUUACGGUGGUGCCCGAGGCAUCAAGGCCCUCGUCUGGGAGGGCUCUGUCCUCGACGCUGAGGAGGGUAUCCGUUUCCGUGGCAAGACCAUUCCUGAGUGCCAGGAGGUUCUCCCUAAGGCUCCCGGCGGCAAGGAACCUCUUCCCGAAGGUCUUUUCUGGCUGCUCCUGACUGGUGAGGUUCCCACCGAACAGCAGGUUCGUGACCUGUCAGCCGAGUGGGCUGCCCGAUCCGAUAUCCCCAAGUUCGUUGAGGAGCUCAUCGACCGCUGCCCGACCGACCUCCACCCCAUGGCACAGUUCUCUCUGGCCGUUACCGCCCUCGAGCAGACCUCAUCCUUUGCCAAGGCCUAUGCCAAGGGUAUCAACAAGAAAGAGUACUGGGGAUACACCUUCGAGGACUCUAUGGAUUUGAUUGCCAAGCUCCCCACGAUUGCCGCUCGCAUCUACCAGAACGUCUUCAAGGGUGGCAAGGUUGCUCCCGUCCAGAAGGACAAGGACUACAGUUUCAACUUCGCCAACCAGCUCGGCUUUGGUGAGAACAAGGACUUCAUCGAGCUCAUGCGUCUAUACCUCACGAUUCACACUGAUCACGAGGGUGGUAACGUCAGUGCCCACACCACUCACCUUGUUGGCAGUGCCCUGAGCUCUCCCUUCCUCUCGCUCGCCGCUGGUUUGAAUGGUCUGGCCGGCCCUCUACACGGUCUCGCCAACCAGGAGGUGUUGAACUGGCUCACGGAGAUGAAGAAGUCCAUUGGCGAUGACCUCAGCGACCAGAAGAUCAAGGACUAUCUCUGGUCUACCCUCAACUCUGGUCGUGUCGUUCCUGGUUACGGCCAUGCCGUCCUGCGCAAGACCGACCCCCGUUACAUGGCUCAGCGCACCUUUGCUCAGGAGAAGAUGCCCAACGACCCCAUGUUCCAGCUCGUCAGCCAAGUAUACAAGAUCGCCCCUGGUGUCUUGACUGAGCACGGCAAGACCAAGAACCCCUACCCCAACGUUGAUGCUCACUCGGGUGUCCUUCUACAGUACUAUGGUCUAACCGAGGCCAACUACUACACCGUCCUCUUCGGUGUGUCCCGUGCCAUCGGUGUGCUUCCUCAGCUCAUCAUCGACCGUGCCGUCGGUGCCCCUAUCGAGCGCCCCAAGAGUUUCUCCACUGCCAAGUGGGUCGAGAUCGUCAAGAAGCUGUAAAUUUGUCUAAAAAGAAAAGAAGACUUGGAUUGCUGCUGUUUUUGUUAGUGCGGGGCACAGGCUACAUUAUAGACGGUCGAAGGGUGGCGCUGUAUCAAAAGGGGGCGUUGUAUUAGAGACUGUCCCUUGAUGAUACCAAAAGCUGCGCUUGUACAUUAGUAUAUCACGAUUAUGCGUUUAGGAUGUAACGUUCAUGGUAGUCGCAUGACCACAAAUACUAUGCAAUUUGUAUGAAAGACAUUUAUGUUGGCGGUAUAUUUGUUUCAAUGAUGAACUAGAUUUCAUGACAAUUUCCACUGGUCUAGGUUUCUAGUUUGUCAAUUAUGUACCGUUUCUACCACCCAUCUGUAUCAGCCUUUGGCACAAGGCCAGCAUAAACUGGUAUAAAUGUAAAAUUUCUUGUCAAUAUUAGGAGAAUAUGAACA